UGAUUUGAUUUUAGUUUGGAAAUUUUUUUCGUUUUUUUAUUUAUUAUUUUAUUAUUUGUUUUAUUAUUUUUUUCAAGUGAAAUCAAAAAGAAAUCGAAAAUGAGCGCACCAAAUGAAUCAGUAAAAACAUCCGUUUCAGCAAAUACAUCAAGAACACGAAGAUCAAGACGUACACGAGCGGAUAAAACAACUUGCCGUAUUGGAUUUGUUGGUGCUGGUCGUUUAGCAUCGGCUAUUAUUACCGGUUUGAUUGUUCAUCCAAGAGAUAAUCCAAAUGAAAGACCAGUCGAACCAAAACGUAUUUAUGUUACAGCACCAACAACAGUUAAUACUGAUCAAUUGAAAAUUACAUUUCCCGGUAUUCGUGUUUCGAAACGUAAUAUCGAUAUAUUUGGUCGUUUUGAUUGUGAUAUUGUUUUUAUCUGUGUACCACCAUCUGUAAUUAAAAAUCUAUAUAAAAUUGGUGGUACAAGACCGGCAGCAUUAACCACUAAUUAUAUACCAAAUAUGCGACAUCCAGUAUAUGUAUUUAGUUUGGUAUUCGGUUAUAAAUGUGAUCAAAUUAAAGAAUGUUUAUUGAACCCUGAAAAUCCGGAUCGUUAUGCGGUGAAAUUUUUUCGUUGUGUUCUCAGUCAUUCAAUCGCUUAUGGUGUUGGUAAUUGUUGGGUUAAUGCCGAACCGGAUAGUAAAAAUUUUCCCGAAUUAGUUCGUGAUAUUUUAAGUAGAAUUUGUCGUAUUGAAUAUCUACCUGAAACUCAUAUGGAUAGUGUUUGUACAAUUACUGGUGCUGGUUUAGCAUUUUGCUAUUAUUUUAUCAAUGCAAUUGCUGAUGGUGCUGUUAAACUUGGUUUUCCACGUGCAUCAGCCAUAAAAUUAGCAUCGAAAAUUGCAUCAUCAACAUCGCAAACAAUAUUGCAUACAGGUGAUAAUGCAUCCAAAUUAAAAGAAGAUGCAUCAAGUCCAUCGGGUGGUGCUAUUUUUGGACAAAUGGUUUUGGAUAAAGGUGAAGUUGCAUCAGGUAUAUGUGCUGGUAUUGAAGAAGCAUAUAAACGAUCAUAUACAAUGGCUAAUUCGGGUGAAGCUCAUUGAAUCAUUAAUUUUAUUCUUUUCUUUUUUUUAUGAAUUUUGUUUUGAUCGUUUUAAAAUUAAAAAUUGAUUGAACAAA